GGCGCCGCCGCCCAUCGCCCCCCAGGGCCGCGCCCUNUGUUCCUCGCCGAGGCCUUCGGGAAGCUGCUCUUCGUGGCCGGGGACCUGGCGGUUGCCGUCGUGGCCUACCGGGCCCUGCGGCUCCGGGGGACCCCCGCCGGCCGCGCCUGUGGCUGCUGCGCCGCCGCCUGGCUCCUCAACCCCCUGCCCAUGGCCGUGUCCAGCCGGGGCAACGCGGAGGCGCUGGUGGCGCUGCUGGUGCUCGCCACCCUGUACUGGGUGGAGGCGGGCAGCGUGGGCAAGGCCGCCGUGUGCUACGGGCUGGCCGUGCACAUGAAAAUCUAUCCCCUGAGCUACGCGCUGCCCAUAGCGCUCCGCCUGAGCAGCGGGCCGGGCCGCGGGCAAGGGGCGCUGCGUGCGCGGGGUGACCAGACGGCGAAGGUCGCGUUUAUGGCGCGCCUCUGGCACCUCUUUGGAAAGGUGCCGAACCGCGACGUGCUACUCUUUGGAACAGCUGCCGGAUCGGUGCUGGCUGCCUUGACUGUGGCAUUUUAUCGCCUCUAUGGCUGGGAGUUUUUGGAGCAUGCCUACCUCUAUCACCUGACUAGGAGGGAUAUCCGUCAUAACUUCUCUCCGUAUUUCUACAUGUUGUACUUGACAGCAGAGAGCAAAUGGAGUUUUGCCCUUGGGCUCGCAGCUUUCCUGCCCCAGCUGCUUUUGCUCCUGGUGGUGUCCAUAGCGUUCUACAGAGACCUCGCCUUCAGCUGUUUCUUACACACCGCUAUUUUUGUGACUUUUAACAAAGUAUGCACAUCCCAGUACUUUGUCUGGUAUCUCUGCCUUUUGCCCCUCGUAAUGCCAAGCAUUAAGAUGUCUUGGCGGCGGGGCGUGCUGCUUCUCUUUCUGUGGUUCAUCGGACAAGGCCUAUGGCUUACUCCUGCAUACUUUUUGGAGUUCAAAGGAUAUAACACUUUCUUAUUUAUAUGGUUGGCAGGCUUGCUUUUCCUUUUAAUUAAUAGCCUCAUAAUUGUUCAGAUUAUUUCACAUUAUCAAAAAGAAGCACAAGUGGCAAAAAUACUGAAACAACAGUAAUAAAUAUUUAAUAAGUAAAAAUUACUACCAAUAAAUAACACUAUUUAAUAUUGUUAUAAUUUAAUUUACCUAAAUCCAGAAACAGCCCUACUGUUCCUGACAAGGCAUCAGGUAUCACCAGUACUUCAUUUAAAGAAAGUGUAAGCAAGUUGUACUUAAAGCACAUUGUGUGUAAAUGUUGCUGUUUCAGGGCCGUGAGAGUGCUGAUUUGCCUCAGUUACCCUGAGCAGCCCCAGUCGUGCCCCGAGCAGUGUCUCCCCUGUGGGUCUUGAAACUUGGUUGCAGCCCUUCAGCACUGCUUCCCACUCUGUCCUCCUCCUGGCUGGAAUCUCUGGAAGUACCCUGGCCCAGUUCAUCACUUAACCGUGUUUGGGGCUCUGAUGAAUGGGCUCUACCCAUCUGCACUGACUUGUCUUCACCUGCCGUCUCCAGAGACAGUGUGACUGUGGCCUGCUCCUUGACCCCACCCUCAGUUCCUGCUCGUACUCCCUCAUGAAGUAGCCCUGGCAUCUUUUUUCUCAUUCUCAGUGUUAGUCUGCUUGUUGAGGGCCUUGGCUUUUAUCUAGAAUAACAGAAAAUUAUAAAGGUGGAGUUUGAUUAUAAAAUUGGAGUUUGACAGUUUUGUACAUUCCAGUAUGUAAGUGGAGUGUUUGGCAAGGUAAUUGUUCAACAUUUACAGUGGGGUUUAUUUUUCCUUUUGUUUCCACAAUAGCAUUUUAGCUAUGCACUGUUAGUGACUUUCACAUCAUUAACUCUUUGAGAUUUUUAAUUUAUUUUAGAAUCCAGAUAUACCACUCUUUAACUUACUAUGUCAUAUUCUGCUCUCUUCAAAUUUUUGAAUAGAUUUAUUCCCUUGACAUGGAGGAAGAUUGUUCCAUAUAUCUGUCUGGGAUCACAGAGAUGUAAAAAGCUUAAAUAUUUGUUUCUUCUUGACAGGUUCUAGAAAAGAGGCCACUGCCUUAAAUUUCAGUUAAUAUAUGGUUAAUGUGGGUGUUAAUAGUAGGAAAUACAAAGUCAAAAUACAGUUAGAAUGGCACCUGUGUCCCAAAAGCAUUAGAGUUUAUACCGAAACAGUAAUUGGAAAUGACGCUUCUCAGUAUUUCUAUUUCUCUGCUAUUAAAAAGAAAUGAAAAAAAAUGAAAGGAGUUGAGGAAAUUGGGCUGUUGCUAGACGAAAAGGGAAGUUUUGAAAUAGGAAGCUCUACAACUUGUCAAAACACAUUUAUUCCCAUAGGAGACUCAGGAAGAUUUGGAAUUGAGUUCCAGGUGAUAGUGGGAGGAGAGCAGAGCCAUUUUGGAAUCAAUACUCUCAAGAACAUCCAAUAAGAGGUCUGAUGUACACAGCUUUUGACAGAGGUGGAAAAUGACAAUGUAUUUUAGUAAAAUCUAGUUUCAGUAGGCAUAUGCCAAAUAAAAUAAUUUCCAUAUUUGCCUCACCUUUUAGCUACAUCCCAUGUGAAAGUGAAAACCGUAGUGUGUAACCUAGAGCAGGGCUUCAAGGCAAAAUAGCUUCAGCCACUGGGUAGAAUUCCCGGUGAUGUCACUGGGAAAGGGUAUGGCCAAGUGGAUUUGCCAUGCUGCCUCUGAACCCUGGUGUCUCCUGAGGCAGCCCUCUUCCUCAGCUGCCUCACAUACAGGAUGUCCUUUCCUGCUUGCACUGCUCCCUCAUGAGGUGGAAUUACAGGUUUUUCAUCUGUGAACUUUUCCCAUUGCUUCUCAGCCCCGUUGAGGUGGUUACAUGAAAGGAAAGGAAACCCUGGAGUCCCCACAGCUCAGAACCAAAGAGCAUGUUACCAGGAGGUGUGACCAUGUCCUUAUACCACUCUGGCCAAAUUUAGACAUUCUGAUGUGUUAGAAGGACAAUUUCCCUGUGAUUUCUGUGGUCAGAGUAUUGGGGGGUGUUUCUGCUCUCCCACUGGGAAGUUUUUCUCUGCCAUCUGCCUUCUCACUUGCCUUCAAGCUGUGAAAAUCCUGACAGCCUCUUUGCAAAUCCAGAAAUUGAAUAAGGCAAUGGAUAUUCUUUUGGCUGUCUUGGUUUUUUGGGGCAGACAUGGCACUAAUUUCCUUCUUUUUCUGGGAUGAGGAGAGUUUUAUAGCACCAGCUUGUCUACAUCUUCCACUAGAAGUGUAUCAGUCAAAAAACUGGCAGCAAAAGCCACUUGCACACAGUUUUAUAUUAAUCAGCAAGACAUUUUGUGUGUGCAGUGUGUGUGAAGCAAAAUCAUCCCAUGUGGUUUUAUUUCCAAGGCAGAGUUGGACAUACCCAGCUUCAGCAGAAUACUAAAGAGGGUCUUCUGCGUAAUACUUCUGCUCACCCUGACCUGAUGUCCAGGCAAUGGCUCAUUUUCCUGUGCAGCUGAUCCUCCAUUAUCUGCUACACAUUUUUCUGUUGCAAAAAGCUUGUUUUCUUUGCCCAGAGCAAUGUUCUGUACCACUUUAACAGACCUAUUUAUGCUGUUUGCAGACGUUCCCACACCUCUAUUUUUCCCUUCCUGUUGGCAAAGAAAGCAAAUGCAAGCUGAAAGGCAUUUCUAACCUCAAAACCUUCUACAAAAAACAGCAUUUUUAAGUUACUGUAUUCAUGACAGAAUUGUAAUUUUUUUUAGGUAAGAAGUAAUUUCCUUAUGAAAAAUACAUUCCUAACUUGUUAAUAGCUAAAUCAUUUUGAAAAGGCAAAUUUUACAGCAAUUCUGCAUCAUUUUUCAGAAUACAAAUUCUGAAGCAGCAACAGGAACUGAAGGGUACCUUCCCUUCACAGGUCAGUACCAGUCCUGCAGUGAUGAUUUGAGAAAGCCAUGCAUAGGAAAGUUAUAAAAAGGCUAGUCAUCAUUUUAAUAAUCCAGGAUGAGCCCCUCUUUUUACAGUUGUUUUCUAAAUCACCCAAAUGCGUUUGCAAUUCAGAAAUCAAGUGACUCAUAAAAUCUGAAUAAGAGAAAUAAACUGAAAGAGACAAACAAAAAUAUGUUUGAGAGUUUAGAUCUUGCUUUUAAAAAAAUUAUUCCAUAUUUAAAUGGCAUUGAGUAACUUCAUUCAUUUAAAAAAAAGGUUAAAAUAAUUUAAUGGAGUACCAAAUAAGUUAUAGUUCUUGAACAAGUUAUAGUGAAUAGUUAUAAUGUCCUUAAAAUGUACCAAAUUCAUUUCCUGUGUAACAUUUAUUGCUUUUGAUGCUGUUCACAUUAUUUUGCUUAAUAACUUUGAGUCCAUUUAUCCUCUGGCAAUUAGGAGCUGAACUGUCUGAAUGUUAGUGUUCCUUCCUUACCAUGGGUUGCAAAACUGUAAUGCUGAAUACUUUGCUUUUAAGAGGUUGAAAUGCCCAUUGAAAUAUAUCUCACAUGCACAAAUUUUUCACACUGCACUGAAACCAGCCCUUAAGCUGGUUUAAGAAAGAACAAGAGGUGAAAGGGAAAAGAAGAAUCAAGAAAAGUAAUAUUUCUGCCUUAAUUUUUACACUGUAGCCUAUUGUCCAAAGACUCGUGAUUGGAUUCUCAAAUGACUUCAAGCAAAGCUCAGCAUUUAACAAUGAUUUGCUUUAAAGUUUAUAAAUGCAAUUAUUAAAAAAGCAGGGUAAGCAAAAAUAUAAUAAUAAAUAUUUCAUUCAGUUUUAUUAUGAGAAUGCUGAAUUACUAUCUGUGGCACAAUGUACUUUUUCCUUAUUAAGGAACUUCUUUGUGUGUGUGUCACUUGCAUUGUAUUGACUCCUGUAAUAGUAAAGAAAUCAAGUAGGUGUGCUAAACUGAGCUCAUCAGUUGUGAGUUAUGAUGGUUUCCUUUUCAAAGAAACCAUGAGAUUUCUACAUUUAACAGCAAGGGGAAGCUCCAACAUUUUUCGUAAUGUUGUAUAAAGUAAAUGUUAAAAGAGAGUACGUUAUGAGCAAAUGGUUUGCUUUUUUUAUCUUAAGAAGAAUGAGUCAUCUACUUCAAAAGGGCUGCAGAAAUACAUAGCGAACACAGGGAACCUCAAAAUAUAUGAGGUAUUCAUCAUAUAUUUGCCGAAGACAGCUGCAGAAUGUAUGUCCUAGUGAUAGCAGCUUUAUGGAAUAAGAUUACCCUGAAUUUAGGACAAACCCUUUACUCAGACUGAAAUCAAACACCUCAAGCAAUUUUCUUGCUUAAGAGCGUAUUUAUGUGCACUAUACUUACAAGCCCAAACAUUUACCUGCACAUACGGAAUCAAAAAGAAAAUCCCAGUCAAUACACCUUUGAAUAACAUUUUUCAGAGCUACCCUCUGUAAAACAGGUUCCUUAGAUAUUUCUUAUGUUUAGCACUAAGAAUCUCUAGUGGCUCUGAAAAUGAAUUACAUAAAUUUUGUUGCAUAAGGAAAAUAAAAUCAUAUGCUGUAGGGAUCUUGUGGUGUAAUAGACAUAAUAAAGAACCAGCUAAUUAUGUAUUUCAAGGUGCACAUUCCACUGGUAGAUGCUCUUUAUUAUAAAAAUCUGCACUAGUCACAUAUGUGUAGGAUCAUUGUUUCAGUCUUUAUGCAUGAUGAAUGAGGUCAGAGAGCUACAUUUUGUACUAGUGAAAGUAUGAGAAAUGAAAAGAAAUGAGAAAUAAAAAUGUCUAUUUAUGCAGUACCAUUGUUUUGAGGCUUUUUUCAGAUUAUAUUUCUUUUAUGACAAUAAAUCGAUACAAUAAGUUCAUGCAACUGUUACAUGCAUUUUUAACAGCUGGAAUGUCUCUUUUUCUUUAGUAUGGUGAAGAAGACGAAAACCUGUCAUUUUUCAAUGGUGUAAGUUUAUAGUACUUUGAGCAGAAUUCCUCAUGAGCCCUUUCUGGUACAUGCUGAGAAGGGUAGGGUCGCUGCAGAAGAGGUUCCUUAUUGGGCUGCAGUCUUACUUCAUGUGUAGAUAAAGCUUUAGCUGCAGUCUCAUAUUAGUCUUAGAGCUUAACUUUCAGAUGUUAAUGAUCUCUUCAGAUAAAACAUUUCAUAGCUUGCACAUAAGGAAAUUACACAUAAGAGAUCCUCCCUACUUUUCAUGGAAAUUGGUGGGGAAGCCAGCUAGAACAUCUGUGGGAGAAAUGUCGAAAGGAAAUGCCUGUAUCUGAUUAGCUGCAAAGACAACUUCAGCCUUGGAAAUCAGCUGAAAUGCAGGCAAAUUGAGCAGUAAGCCCAUACUGUGAAAUUCACAUUAUUUAUAUGAAGGGUAUUGGAUCAAAAGCGCUUUUCCAUUUUACAGGAGGAAAAUGGGAUCUUGAUAGCUAUUGUCCAGGUGGAUGAAUGUAACUUUCCUUCCUUCACAUUAUCAUAAGAGGGUCUAUAGAAUGUUAUAUGCUGCAGUAGCACUUGUGUAGUUGUACAGGUGUGACUCACAUAGGCUAUUCGGCAAUAUUGUUGGUGUAGCAAGCAGUUAUUAGUAAGCAGUUACUCUGAAACUGCUUUUCAGAGGUUAACUCAAGUUAAAAUCUGAUUGCUGCUUCACAAGUCAGCAGCUGUGUUAAUUGAGAUGGUACUGUUUUGACAGUAAUUUUCCAAGGAGGACUGCACUCUGUGGCCCAUAUGCUCCCACUCUGUGCAAAAGAACAUUAAUUCAAAUCCCCUGGUGAUCUGACACUCAAGGUUUUUUUAAUCUAUCCCAUGUCCCUCCUACUGAUCCAAUAGAUUGAAUUAGCCAGGAAGCCGGUUAGAAAACGAAGUGGAAAACAAAAUAUGAUUAUCCUCCCCUUAUUUUCCACCCUGGAUAGUGUGCAUAUAUUGAAUAAUUAUGAUUACCUUUUGGAAGAACAGAGUCCCAUUUGAGAUAGGUGUUAGAGUACUUUGUUAAUAUGAAGUAUUUCACCCAAAUGCACCUAAGAGAAAAUUGACUGUUUGGGCUACAUGGACUUUUGUCAAAUGAUA